AUGGACGACUCAGAAGUGAAGUCAGAGACAUCAGAAACACAGCCCAACAAAGACCAGAUCGCCGUCACGGAACCAGCUCUGUCAGAAGCCAAUGAUAGCACUACCGACCCAGCCGACCGCCCCUACGACGAUGACGCCGACGAAGCCACCCGUAUCGCCUCCCUCGCAGCCGGCAUCCGUGACCAAGACGACCUCGAACGAGACAUUGGCCGUCAAGCCGACGCCCUGCUCAUCGAACAAGCAGACGAACGCGACAACAAACGUCUCGAACGCACAAAAGCCGACAAAGCCCGUCUUGACGGCCAGGUCCACCGUCUGGAGAAGAAGUUGACCGAGUUCGGGAACCAAGCAACAAAGAACAGAUAUCGUGCCGAGAUUGCGAACUACAAGGCUCAGAUUGAUGGUUUACAAACGGAUCUAGAUCAGAUCCAGAAGAGAAUUGAUGAUAGAAAGAGUGAGGCUGCGGCGGCGGGGGAUACUCUGCUGGGAGAGGCGGGUAAUCAGAAGUUGCCUGGUGAGAGCCAGAGGGACUUUUUGAUCAGGACGGGAAAGAUUACGCCCUUCUCCAAGAUGGGCAGGCAGUUGUUGCGAACUUCGUCAAGUCUGGCUGAAGUCAUGUUUGAUGCUGAAGAGGAAGAGGAUGAAGAAGCAGUGGAUCAGGAACUCCCAGCCGAUGCUCAACGGUCACAUCGUAAUCUGAGGAUGCCUGGAUUUGCCGAGGACGAAAAGAGUGAGCCUGAGGAGGAGGAGGAGGAAGAAGAGUUUCCUGAGGAGAGACCUAGCAAGAGACGAAGACUAAAAUCAAAGGGCAACGGAAAAGGUCCUGCAGAAGAGGAUGAAGAUAUGGAGCUGGAGUCUGCUCAAGAAGAGGAAGAAGACGAAUACAUACCGGACUUGGAUGACAAGGAGCUGGCUGCUGUUGGAGAGUCGAACGAUGACGAGGAGCCAGAAGACGAAGACGUCGAUGGCGACUUCUCUCUAGGCACAUCAGGAACCAGCAAACGCAAGAUGGGAGCGAAGAGGGUCACCAAGAAAUCACAACAAGCAGCCAAUGCUCAAGAAGAUCUUGCUGGAAUUGACGAUGGCAACGAGAAGGUAUACCAGGCCAGAUUGCAAAGCUGGGUCAGAAGACGAAGUGCUGCACGCCGGAAACACCAAGGCUCAGCCAAGUCCGCAGGAGAACCGAUCGACGUCGAUAUGGAACACGAUGAAGAUGGAGAGGACAAGCCGAACCAGGAAGGCGAGGACGAAUGGCACCUGCCACAUCCAACUCAGACAGAUGCAGAGUUUGAAGGCGGCUACCGGAUACCUGGCGACAUCUACCCAUCACUCUUUGACUAUCAGAAGACCGGCGUGCAAUGGUUAUGGGAGCUCUACUCGCAGCAAGUCGGUGGCAUCAUCGGAGACGAGAUGGGUUUGGGCAAGACCAUUCAGAUCAUCUCCUUCAUUGCUGGUCUGCACUACUCAAAAAAGGUCACAAAACCUAUCCUGAUCGUCUGUCCUGCAACAGUCAUGAAGCAGUGGGUGAACGAGUUUCAUCGUUGGUGGCCGCCUUUGCGAGUUUCCAUUCUUCAUACUUCUGGAAGUGGUAUGCUGGAUGUCAAGCGAGAAGAUAGGCUAGAGGACGAUCUGGACAAUUUCGACUUUGAUGGCAACCCAAUCAAGCCUUCGAAAGGUAACAAAUCCGCCAAGCGCAUCGUGGACAAGGUUCAGAGAGAUGGUCACGUUUUGGUCACCACGUACUCUGGCUUGCAGACUUAUGCUGAGCAUCUGAUUCCUAUGGAGUGGGAAUACUGCGUUUUGGACGAAGGUCACAAAAUCAGAAACCCUAACACGGCAAUCACAAUCUACAGUAAGGAGAUCCGUACACACAACAGAAUCAUCCUUUCUGGUACGCCCAUGCAGAACAACUUGACCGAACUCUGGUCUCUCUUCGACUUUGUCUUCCCCAUGAGACUUGGUACCCUGGUCAGCUUCAAGCAGCAAUUCGAGACUCCCAUCAAACAGGGUGGUUAUGCCAAUGCAUCCAACUUACAAGUCGAGACUGCCAUGAAGUGUGCAGAGACGUUGAAAGACACAAUCAGUCCUUACCUCCUUCAGCGAUUCAAGGUCGAUGUAGCAUCCGACCUGCCCAAGAAGAGCGAAAGAGUCUUGUUCUGCAAGUUGACCAAACCUCAGCGUGACGCCUACGAGUACUUUUUGAACUCUGGCGAUAUGACUGCCAUCUUGGCUGGCAAGCGACAGGCGCUCUACGGUAUUGACAUUCUGCGCAAGAUUUGCAACCAUCCCGACUUGACUGAGCACAAAACCUUGUCCAUCAAAGCAGACUACAACUAUGGUAAUGCCAACAAGUCUGGAAAGAUGCAAGUCGUAAAGGCUCUGCUCGAGAUUUGGAAGAAGAAUGGCCACAAGACUUUGUUGUUUGCUCAGCAUCGCAUCAUGCUUGAUAUUCUUGAAAGAUUCAUCAGAGAAAUGGGCGGCAUCAAUUAUCUUCGCAUGGAUGGUAAUACAUCCAUCAAGGAUAGACAAACUCUUGUCGACAAGUUCAACAAGAAUCCAGACUUACACGUCUUUCUCCUUACGACGAAAGUUGGAGGUCUAGGCGUAAACCUUACUGGUGCAGAUCGAGUCAUUAUAUACGAUCCUGACUGGAACCCAUCCACUGAUGUCCAAGCCCGAGAACGAGCCUGGCGACUUGGUCAGAAGCGCGAGGUAGAGAUCUACCGUUUGAUGACUGCCGGCACCAUCGAAGAGAAGAUUUACCACCGACAGAUCUUCAAGCAAUUCUUGACCAACAAGAUUCUCAGAGAUCCUAAACAAAGACAGACGUUCCAGUUGAGAGAUCUACACGAUCUGUUCACGUUGGGCGAGGCAACUGCAGAUGGCCAAACAGAAACAGGCAGCAUCUUCAAAGGCACAGAAGUCCAACUAUCAGGUCCAAAAGCCGAUGAUCCGGACUCCAAGACCACAGAAGAGCAACAAGCCGAAGCAACGACCGCAGCGGAAAAGGCCGCAAAAGUGAAGGAAAUGCAAUCCAUUGUCGGCGUCUCCCACACUGAAGACUUCCAAGGUGAAGAAGAAAGGCCCGCGCCUGCUGCAGAAGACAGCACAGAAAACGGGACAAACACCAGAGACGAACGUAUGCUCGGCGCCAUCUUUGCUCGCUCGGGUGUCACAUCAGCCCUCUCCCACGACGACAUCAUUUCCGGAAACUCUGGCAGCCGCAAAGUAACCGCAGACCCUGAAAUCAUUGCCAAAGAAGCCAAGCGUGUCGCUGCAAUCGCAGCAGCCGAACUCAAGAAGGCAGGCGAAAUUGCCAGAAAUCUGCCUGCUGGAAGUGUGUCUUGGACAGGCACGUUCGGCACAGCAGGACGACCCGAAACACCCUCUCGUCGCGGUGGAUUUGGUGCGUCAAGAGGCAGAGGUGGCAUGAGUAGAGGUGGUCCUUCAAGCACUUCCAUCCUUUCACACCUUUCUGCCCGUCAAGGCAUCACUUCUUCUCGCCACUCUACUCCUUCAACCUCUACCUCGCGAGCAGCAACGCCUUCUGCUCAACCCCAACCAAAAGGUAGAGAGUUCCUGGCGCUGAUCAGAGAUUAUCUGUUGGCGCAUGGAGGCAAAGUCUACACCCAAAACUUGAUUGAUCAUUUCAAUCGGUUCUGUGGUAGCGCGCAGAGGACGGCAGAGUUCAAGGAGAUGUUGAAGGUGAUUGCGGUGCUGGAGAAGGGAAGUAGAGGACGAGGCAAGUGGGUUCUCAGAGAAGAGUAUAAGAAGGGUGUUUGA